AUGGCAGCAAAGGCGCCCCCAGUGCAGAUUCAGUCAUGGCCCAAAACGGAUUCGGCUUGGUCUAGACUACAUGUGGAUUUCGCAGGACCAAUAAAUGGCUCUCAUUAUAUCAUUGCAGUGGAUAUCUAUUCCAAAUGGCCUGAAGUGUGUAAAUGUUCAAGGCCAACCACAAGUGUGACUAUUGACUUCUUGGAAGAACUGUUCACUCGUUAUGGAGUGCCAGAUACGAUCAUGUCAGAUAAUGGUACACAAUUCAUGGCGAAGGAGUUCGAAAGAUUCUGUAAAUCGGUUCAGAUGAAGCAAGUGUUAACUCCGCCAUACCAUCCAAGGUUAAAUGGAUUAGCGGAAAGAUUUGUCAACACAUUCAAGACAGCCUUAAGAAAGACCAGAUGGCAAAUCCUGGAAGAUACAAAUAUGACAAAGAUUUUGCAGGUGUAUAGAAUAACACCGAAUCCAAAUGCAGAGUUGGGUAGGUCACCUGCAGAUUUGAUGUUUUCCAGAAAAAUUCGUUCUAUUUUUGACAAAUGA